CAGCUGUCAACUCGCCAACAUUGCUGCCAACGUACGAGCUGUCGCAACUGUUUCCUGUUCUUUUCAACCAAGUUCUCUCCGACGUAUGUUGUGUCGAUAAAUAAACUAUCGAGGAAGAAUGGUCCGCAUUAGUGUGCUAGCCGAUGCGCUGAAGUGCAUCAACAAUGCCGAGAAGCGUGGUAAACGCCAGGUCCUGAUCCGACCGAACAGCAAAGUCGUCAUCAAGUUCCUGACCGUGAUGAUGAAGCAUGGCUACAUCGGAGAGUUCGAGAUCGUCGACGAUCACCGGUCCGGCAAGGUGGUGGUGAAUCUGACCGGCCGUCUGAAUAAGGCCGGUAUCAUCUCGCCCCGGUUCGACGUCAAGAUGAACGAUAUCGAACGGUGGACCAAUACGCUGCUGCCAUCGCGUCAAUUCGGAUACGUCGUGCUGACGACGAGCGGUGGCAUCAUGGACCACGAGGAAGCCAGACGGAAGCAUCUGGGAGGCAAGAUUCUAGGUUACUUCUUCUAAGUUUGUUGGGCGACAAAACGUUACACAAUACAACAAGAGUAACUUGUUCAACAUAAAAAAAAAUAACAUCCGUCAGUCCAAAUUCCAAACACUCGGGAGAUUUUUCUUUUCUUUUUUUCUCUCGUGCAACACAAGAUAAAAAGAACUCCGCUAAACACCCGUUGAUUGCGUUGUUUAUCGGAAGAAAAGGAAAUGAAGCGGUUAGGUGUGUUUAUAAAAAAGGCAGAAAUAUAAUGUGAAGUUUCACCUCAAGGGAAAGUGAAAAAAUUAAAAGAAAAAUCGAA